AUGGCUACACAAUUCGGUUCUUGUUCAUUUACUUCUCCUCCUUCUUCCUCUUCUUCAACCUUCCUCGUUCCCUCUUCUUUCAAGAAUGAGACGACCCUUUUCAGAGAAUUCCCGAGAAACAAACAUUUUCCCUCGUGGGUUUCUCAGAUUGGUUCAAGAAAUCUUGGAAGGAACCACUUUCGGCUCAAAUCCUCAAAUGGGCAUCCACUAAAUGCUGUUUCCUCCCAUGAUGGUUUGGCAGCAAAUCCUCUGGCCAAAGAUUUUGCGGAGUCCGAAGGAAAAGGGGAACUUUUUCCCUUCUCAGAACAGGCAAAUGGAGAUUGUACUAUAAGUAUAACUGUUGUUGGAGCUUCUGGAGACCUUGCCAAAAAGAAGAUUUUUCCGGCACUUUUUGCCCUUUACUACGAAGAUUUUCUCCCCAAGAACUUUAUUGUGUUUGGCUAUGCUCGGACUAAAAUGAGUGAUGAUGAACUAAGGAGUAUGGUGAGCAAAACUUUAACUUGCAGAAUUGAUAAGAGGGAGAAUUGUGAGGACAAGAUGGAUGAAUUCUUGAAAAGAUGCUUUUACCAUUCUGGUCAGUAUAAUUCUGAGGAGGAUUUUGUAGAACUAGACAACAAGCUAAAAGAGAAGGAGGCUGGAAAAGUUGCACAUAGGCUUUUUUACUUAUCGAUACCUCCAAACAUAUUUGUGGAUGUGGUGAGAUGUGCUAGUCUUAAAGCUUCUUCUGAAAGCGGGUGGACAAGGGUCAUUGUUGAAAAGCCUUUUGGCCGUGACUCAGAAUCAUCUGGUGAACUAACCAGAAGUUUAAAGCAAUACCUUGCUGAAGACCAGAUAUUCAGGAUUGACCAUUACUUGGGGAAGGAGCUUGUUGAAAAUCUAUCAGUGCUUCGCUUCUCAAAUCUUGUUUUUGAGCCUCUCUGGUCCCGUAACUACAUUCGCAAUGUGCAACUAAUAUUUUCUGAAGAUUUUGGUACAGAGGGACGUGGAGGAUAUUUUGAUAACUAUGGCAUUAUUCGUGACAUAAUGCAAAAUCAUCUACUGCAAAUUCUAGCAUUGUUUGCUAUGGAAACGCCUGUCAGCUUAGAUGCUGAAGACGUUCGGAAUGAAAAGGUAAAGGUUCUAAAGUCAAUGAGACCGCUGCAGCUUGAGGAUGUCGUUGUUGGUCAAUACAAGGGUCACAGCAAGGGUAGUAAAUCAUAUCCUGCUUAUACAGAUGAUCCAACCGUUCCAAAUGGAAGUCUUACACCAACGUUUGCGGCUGCCGCGCUCUUUAUUGAUAACGCCAGAUGGGAUGGAGUUCCAUUCCUAAUGAAGGCAGGCAAAGCUCUUCAUACCAGGCGAGCCGAGAUCAGAGUUCAGUUCAGACAUGUUCCGGGUAACUUGUAUAAGCGGAACUUUGGAACUGAUUUAGACAAGGCUACAAAUGAACUUGUGCUUCGUGUACAGCCUGAUGAAGCUAUAUAUUUGAAGAUCAACAACAAAGUUCCUGGUCUUGGAAUGAGAUUAGAUCGCAGCGACCUGAAUUUACUUUACCGAGCAAGGUAUCCAAGAGAAAUACCAGAUGCAUAUGAGAGGCUACUCUUAGAUGCAAUUGAAGGUGAACGAAGGUUGUUCAUCAGAAGUGACGAGCUUGAUGCCGCUUGGUCACUAUUCACGCCACUGUUGAAGGAGCUCGAAGAAAAGAAGAUUGCUCCUGAGCUCUACCCCUAUGGCAGUCGAGGACCAAUAGGAGCGCAUUAUCUUGCUGCAAAGCAUAAUGUUAGAUGGGGAGAUCUCGGUGGUGAUGACUCUUGA